GAUGCUGCCUGAUUCAUGAAUCAUUGAAUAAAGCCAAUUAGAUCUUCAUAUUUACUCAGCUGAAUUUUUAAAAGCAGUUUUGGUGGCGGCGGUGGCGAACAUAAGAAGCAAACUUCUGAUAGCUUCAGAGAGGAAAAGAAAAACAGGAGUGGUAACCUGAGAACCCUUUGAGUUCAGUCUUGCUCGCCAUUUCCGCCAUUCGGCCAUUUCAGAGGGCUGUGGAUUUUAGGUGAUGGGCAAAUCAGAAAGUCAGAUGGAUAUAACUGAUAUCAACACUCCAAGGCCAAAGAAACAACGAUGGACCUCACUGGAGAUCAGUCUCUCCGUCCUUGUCCUGCUCCUUACCAUCAUCGCCGUGACGAUGAUCGCACUCUAUGCAACCUAUGAUGAUGGCAUUUGCAAGUCGUCAGACUGCAUAAAAUCAGCUGCUCGACUGAUCCAGAACAUGGAUGCCACUGCUGAGCCUUGUACAGACUUUUUUAAAUAUGCCUGUGGAGGCUGGUUGAAACGCAACGUCAUUCCUGAGACCAGCUCCCGUUACAGUAACUUUGACAUUUUAAGAGAUGAACUAGAAGUCAUUUUGAAAGAUGUUCUUCAGGAACCCAAAACUGAAGAUAUAAUAGCAGUGCAGAAAGCAAAAACACUGUACCGAUCUUGUAUAAAUGAAUCCGCUAUUGAUAGCAGAGGCGGAAAACCUCUACUCAGUCUACUACCAGAUAUAUAUGAUUGGCCCGUAGCAACAGAAAACUGGGAGCAGACCUAUGGUCCUUCUUGGACAGCUGAGAAAUCUAUUGCACAGCUGAAUUCUAAAUUUGGGAAAAAAGUCAUUCUUAAUUUUUUUGUUGGCACUGAUGAUAAGAACUCUGUGAACCAUAUAAUUCAUAUUGAUCAGCCUCGACUUGGCCUCCCUUCCAGAGACUACUAUGAAUGCACUGGAAUAUACGAAGAGGCUUGUAUAGCAUACGUGGAUUUUAUGAUUUCUGUGGCCAGAUUGAUCCGUAAGGAGAAAGGACUGCCCAUCGAUGAAAACCAACUUUCUUUGGAAAUGAAGAGAGUUAUGGAAUUGGAAAAAGAAAUUGCCAAUGCUACAACUAAAUCUGAAGAUCGGAAUGAUCCAAUGCUUCUUUAUAACAAAAUGACAUUAGCCCAGCUCCAAAAUAACUUUUCACUAGAGAUCAAUGGGAAGCCAUUCAGCUGGUCAAAUUUCACAAAUGAAAUCAUGUCAACUGUGAAUAUUAAUAUUCCAAAUGAAGAAGAGGUGGUUGUUUAUGCUCCAGAAUAUUUAACCAAACUUAAGCUCACUCUUACCAAAUAUUCUGCCAGAGAUCUUCAAAAUUUAAUGUCCUGGCGAUUCAUAAUGGAUCUUGUAAGCAGCCUCAGCCGAACCUACAAGGAGUCCAGAAAUGCUUUCCGCAAGGCCCUUUAUGGCACAACAUCAGAAACAGCAACGUGGAGACGUUGUGCAAACUAUGUCAAUGGGAAUAUGGAAAAUGCUGUGGGAAGGCUGUACGUGGAAGCUGCAUUCGCUGGAGAGAGUAAACAUGUGGUUGAGGAUUUGAUUACACAGAUCCGAGAGGUUUUUAUCCAGACUUUAGAUGACCUCACUUGGAUGGAUGCUGAGACGAAAAAGAAAGCUGAGGAAAAGGCCUUAGCAAUUAAAGAAAGAAUUGGCUAUCCUGAUGACAUUAUUUCAAAUGACAACAAACUGAAUAAUGAAUACCUCGAGUUGAACUACAAGGAAGAUGAAUACUUUGAGAACAUAAUUCAAAACUUGAAGUUUGGCCAGAAUAAACAACUAAAGAAGCUCCGAGAAAAGGUGGACAAGGAUGAGUGGAUAAGUGGAGCAGCCGUAGUCAAUGCAUUUUAUUCUUCAGGCAGAAAUCAGAUAGUCUUCCCAGCUGGCAUCCUGCAGCCCCCCUUCUUCAGUGCUCAGCAGUCUAACUCAUUGAACUAUGGGGGUAUCGGCAUGGUCAUAGGACAUGAAAUCACCCAUGGCUUCGAUGACAAUGGCAGGAAUUUUAAUAAGGAUGGAGACCUUGUUGACUGGUGGACUCAACAGUCUGCAAAUAAUUUUAAAGACCAAUCCCAAUGCAUGGUGUACCAGUAUGGAAACUUCUCCUGGGACCUAGCUGGUGGACAACAUCUCAAUGGAAUUAAUACACUGGGAGAAAAUAUUGCUGAUAAUGGAGGCAUUGGCCAAGCAUACAGAGCCUAUCAAAAUUAUGUUAAAAAGAAUGGUGAAGAAAAACUACUUCCUGGACUUGACCUAAAUCACAAACAACUAUUCUUCUUGAACUUUGCCCAGGUGUGGUGUGGGACCUACAGGCCAGAGUAUGCUGUCAACUCCAUUAAAACAGAUGUUCACAGCCCAGGGAAUUUCAGAAUUAUUGGGACUUUGCAGAACUCCCCUGAGUUUUCAGAGGCCUAUCAUUGCCGCAAGAACUCAUACAUGAAUCCAGAAAAGAAAUGCCGAGUUUGGUGAUCUUCAGAAAAAGCGACGUAGCCUUUGGUUAGCCUUACCAACACCAUGAAAAUGGGAAACUCUGUCCAUGAGAAAAUGGGCCACCGAAGUCACUGUAAUUACAUGGGGGUAGUUAACAGAGAUGAGAGAGCAUCAUUUAGAAAUGAAGUUAGGUUAUUCUGGAAAAGGUAUGGAGAGGAGGGGUGGGGUCUGGUGUCUAUCAAAUCAAUCACUUCUCACUGUGUAAAUAACACUUUAUGUCUAAAGAUAUUACCAUUCAUUUCUGUUUCUCAUACGAUCUGCCAGUUUGAUGUCACCUCUUGAAAACAGUGUUAACCACUUGAUGUAGACUGGGAUUUCUAAUCAAAGGGAGAAAGAAGAGAUUGGAGAAUACAGUUGGCUCCAAAAGCACAGCAGUGGCAUGAGAGUUAAAACACACAUUGCCUAAUUACUUAUUUUUAUUUUUAUUUGUAACAUUUAUGCUCCUGCAAAAAUCUUCCAAAGAAUUCUUAUACAUGUUGGGGCCGUGGGACUUAAUGUAAUUUUAAACCAGUUUUGCCAAUCAUCAGUUAUUCAUCCUGAAAUCAUUGUAUUUUAAGCUACUCUUAGGGCGAAAAUGAAUGUCUGAAACUAUUUUUCAUUAUACCUGCUUUCACUGAUAUUGAAAUUCUCAAGGCUCCCUGCAAUUUUCUAAGCAAUUUCUUGUUCUCUCUCCCUCUCAAAACUUGAUCUUUUUAAGAUAUUUGUAGUAAUGUAUAAAUAAUAAUUUUUAUAUUUAAUUAUUACAUUUAUGACUAAGUAAUUAUUAUUAUAGGUAAUCACUGAAUAUCGAAGUUUCAGACAGAUAGUUCCGAACCAAGAUCUGUAAAGUGAUGUACAGAUGAAGAUUUGAGAUUUUUACACUUAUAAAUCAUAUUGAUAAAAAACUUUAAGCACAAACUAGGUGAAAAAUGGCCAUUGGACAGUUGUCUAAAGAUACAUAAGACCUGUGGUUUACAAUCAGGAUUUUCAGAAUAAAAUCUGUCCCUGAGGUGGCUCUGAUAAAAGGGCAUCUAUAUAGCUCUGCAUCUCUUUAUCUUUUCAGGUUUGUUGUCUGAUGGAAAUAUUUUGAUAAUAAAUUGAAAUUGUGAGCCCAUUACUCACUAAGCCUAUUGUGCUAGCUGUCUAGCUUUGGAAAGUGCAUUUCUGAAUAUAAAUGAGAGGCUUCCCCACCUCAGACAGACCUGCUUCUAAAAUCCUAACUCACAUAAGAGUUCUGGGAGGGGACUGUUGCGUCCCUGAUAGGAACUCAUCUCUUGAGGCUUUCAUGUUCUCUUUCCCUGUCCUUUUGGCUAGUUUGGUUCAUUUCAUUACUUGAUUAAUAUUUUACAAAAGAGGCACACUUCCAACAUCCUUAUUUUUCCUAACAAAAUGAAAAUGAGGGAAUUUCUGUUCAAAAUAUGAGUGUUGGUUUUCUUGCUUCUUGAAAGAUGCCCAUUGGCCUUUUUUUAAAGAAAAAAAAGUUAUUGAAAUAUAACACACAACAGUUUCAUAAAACGUUAAGUGUACCCAGCUCAGUGAACUUUCUCCUACCAUAGACAGCCCUGUAACCAGCACCUUUAAGAAACAGAACAUUACUAGUGCCUUAGAAGCCCCUUCUUCCAACCACCACUUUGCUCCUCCAAGGACAGCUACUGUCCUGACUUUUAAUAUCAUACAUUAGUUUUAAUUAAUUAGUAUGUGUUCUUUUGCAUCUGGCUUCUUUCACUCAGCAUUACAUUUGAGAUUCAUCCAUAUUGUUGCAUUUGACUGUGGAUCUUUCAUUCUCAUUGCUCAAUAAUAUUCUAUUGUGUGAUUAUACUACAGUUCACCCAUUCCAUUGUUGAUAGGCACUUGAGAAGUUUCCAGUUUGGGGUUGUUACAAUGGUGCCAUCUUUUUUAACUUGAGAUUUUAAUGGGCUCAUUUCCACAAAUAUUUCCUAAAGUUAUUAUAAAUAUUGAAAAUACAGUUUUAUACUAGCCAUGGAUAUCCUUAUCUUUUCUUCUUGUAUCACUACCACUGUUAUCAUGGACAAUUAAAAGUAUACUUAUGGGUAUCUUUCUUUAAACUAAACUGAAAACACUUUUAAGUAAUAUUGGUAAUUGGAGCAAUAGGAGGUUCCAGUUCUGAAGAGAACAACUAUCUUUGAAUCACUUAGUAUCUAUCUUAGCCAAAAAGUAACUAGUACAAAUUAUAAAAAGACACUAGAUUCCCCACUCUUUAAAAUGUCAGACUCCCAUCCCUAUGGAAGGACUUGAGUGAAAUUUUAUGGGCGGAUGGGGCAGGGGGGAACAACUCUCUAGUGUCUGGAUGUCCUGUGUCUAGAAAUACCAGAUUUCCUGGGACUAAGGGAUACACCAAAGUGAGAAGGCCAAAACUUUCCCCUCCCUCACACAUGAGGAUGUUCUUAAUCUUGCAUGGCACUGUUGUUGAGUUGUAUGGAUCUCUGUCAACCAAUCCCAAUCACUUGGAGUUGUUCCAUCAGGUAAGCUCAAACGUAAAUCCAAUUUCACCAUGGAUGAAUCCUGGUCAAGGAAAGAGUUUAGAAGCUGAGACAUUAAGGGUCGGGAGGCAAUGUAACUCAGGGAUGAGGACAAAGAAUUACUCAGCAGCCACCCUUGGUAAGGAGUCUGCCUUCAUGCUUCAGUGUCCAUGUGGAUUCUGGCUCUAAGGUGGAAAGGAUGCUAUCCUGGGAGAAGAGUCUUCUAGUCCUAUUCUUCCAUAAAUGACAAGGUGACUUUGGACAUUUGAUCCAUUCUCUUGGGUCUUUGCUUUUCCCCCCUGAAAUAAAAGAAAAUUCGAUUCUACCAGUAGUUCUCAACAAGAGAAGGAGAAUGUAUCCAGUACUUCUUUGCUUGUAAUUUAUCCCCCCAGUUAAGAACCACUGGGUGAAAUAAUUUCAAAACUCUUGUGUAAAUGCCUGAGUCCAAGUCAACAACGUUAUAGUUCAAAGGACACAGACCAAAGUUUUAUCUAGUUAGGGUCUACACUGCUUUUAGUAGUUUUCUUGAAAGCCUUUAUUAUUCCUGUUGUCACAGGUGGAGUUCUCAAAGUAGAAGAUAACUGCUAGUUUGGAAAUGAGACUCCAUCCUGGAAAAGAUGGAAAAUCAGAAGGUUUUAUGGGUUCCAGUGUCAAAAAUACAAAAUAAACAUUUUUCAUAGUAUUGCUCUUACUCUUAGUCCAGUCUUCCCUAACGCCCACGUAAGCCCCCACAGCGUUUAUGUCUUGAAAAAUGUUAAAGCCAAUGUUAGAGCUUUUAUCUCUGUAAUCUUAUACUUCCUGCCAGCUUCAAAAUGGAUCUUUUAACAAUGAAUGAUAUAAACUAUUUCACCAAUAUCUUCUUAUUUAUAUCACCCCAUUCUUCCAAAGAUACUAUCAUUUUCUGAUCUGAUUUCUUUCCACAUAUUCAGUGCAAAGGUUUCCAGAUGGCAUAGGAAUUGACUUAGGCAGAAACCAAAAGUGUCUUUGUGCACCAUCCCUGGAUUGAAGGAUUUGACUUUUGGUUAAUCAGGUGAAGAGAGGAGCCACAUGGGACGAGUGUCAAUACACAUGGCACAUGUGUAUUGCAUUCUAUUCUUUUCUUUAACAGUGUUGUCUUAAUUUUAACUCCUUUGUAUUUGGAAUUUCCUCUAAAACAGUGAGAAAUACUACUGUUAUUUUCAACUUUAUAGCCAAACUACUGUGCUUCUGUUUUGUUGUUUGACAAAGCAGAACCUCUAGGUUGUGCAAGAGAAGCCUGACAGACAAAUGAGCACUGACUUUUGCCAGAAAUAAUGAUGGGCUCUCGGCUUGAACAGCGUAGGAAGACUGGAAGUCUAGCAAUUGUGACUAAGUUUUAUAUUUCUGAAUUUCCUUUCCACCCAGAAACUAACAACAAUUUUUUCAGGUAUCAGGCAUGUUAACAUCUGAUUCUACUCCUAUAAAUGCACUUGGUGUCAUCUCUGAUCUGGUCAUUUCCAAUUAUAAUGCAUCCUAAAAGUCCACUCUGUAUGCAGGAAGACAAAAAUGGGGUCAAGUACAAUAUCUGGAUUGUCAAUUACCUUGGUGUAAGUCUUCCAACAUGCAUGCUAUCAAUGCUCUAUGUCUCCUGAAAUAUGGCAUCAAAGAUGCAAUGCUAAGGUGUUCAUGGCAGCUUUACCUUUAGAAUCAAAGCAAUAGGGAGAAAAAAAGAAAUAGCAGAAAAUGUUUAGAUUUGUUCAAAGAAAAUCAGAAGAGGAUGGAAUUAAGUAUGUAUCAUGAUUUCAAUUAUGUUAAAAUAUCGUUGCAUAGAAAAGGAGUUGGAAGAAUGUAUGCCCCAAAUUAAGAGGGAAUAUCUCUGAGUGGUAGUAUUACAGGUGAUUCUUACUUCCUUUUGCCCUCUGCAUUUUAAAUGUCUCUAAAAGGUGACAACAUUACACUUUAAAGCCAUCUAAAAAAUGUUAUUUGGAAGAGAGGGGGAAGUAAGUAAGGGAGAAAAGAUGGAAGGAAGAGGAAUGAGGAGAAAAUUGAUCCCCCAAAAGAAACCUAAUAACCCCUAUGAAUUUAAGCUGUGUUCAUUUACUUAAGAAGCUAUUCAGUUUAGUAGCUCAUACCACUUAGACCCAAGGAAUCCAGUGAAAUGGAUUUUGGUCAGGAGCCCCCUUCUCCCACCACGGGCCAGAUCUGCUUCCCUAGGUGGUUUUGACACACACUGCUUCACACAGAGCAGGGGAAUUUAAAGGACCUUCCACUGACUGUGUUCAAGGUGAUUCAGUGAGAACAGCGCAUGUGUUUGAGAGGUUUUUUUGUUCUUUUUUCUCCCUAAAAAUACUAAGGGUUGACUGAUCUUGCCACUCUCUCCCACCUGGUCUCCGCUCAUACAAAAUCCUAACAUUUGCCAAAUCCUGGCCAAGGUUAAGGUUACAACAUUUGACUGAAACAGUAGUUUGUAAAUUAUACAGUGAUCAGACCUAAAUACUCCACCAGGUAGGCACCAUGGUGUACCUGGGGGCUCAGAUACUAGAAUUUAGCUGUAGAACAGGGAGGAGGCAAAAGGAUACAAUGAAUCCAGGUAACUCCCUGCUCAUACGUGUUUACUUAUGACUUUGGUUGUAAAUGUGAAGAUCACACUCAUGCUAGUUUAGCCAAAACUAGAGACUUUAUUGAUCCACAGUACCAAAUGUGGGACAUGAAUGACUAGGCCUUCUUUCCAUGUGUCUACCUCAUUGUUGCAGACUGCCUUUCUCCAGAAGAAAGCGUGAUGGUCAACUCUGCCCAGGCUCAAAGAUCCUCUGCUUCCUUCCCAGGGGAAGGACAACAUCUAACUACAGUCCACACUUAACAUCUUAGAGAAAACCCAAUGAAAAUCCUAGAGAAAAAGCCUAUUUUGGAAACAUGUCUAUCCCAGUGGAUAGGGCAUGGGGAAAUGGUGUGGUUGUAGAAAUUAUCAUCAUUGAUCCCCUAACCCUACCCUCAGAGAAGGAUAGCUUUCCAAAAGAAAAAAAGGACCAUUCCUAAGAGAGAAAGAAAAAUAAACAUGUCCAAAACACUAGUAAUACAAGAUGCUUCUUAAAUGCUUUAUAAAACAUCUAGGUUUGUAUUAUAUUAUGCAUAUUAAAUUUUGAAUAUGUUGACUUUAAUUUUGUGUAAUCAAAAUGAAGACAUGCAUGCAUAUUAGUUAGAUUUAAUAUUUAAGAAAAGUGAAAAUAAUAAAAGAGGGUGAGGAAGAGAAACAAUACCUAUUAUUUAUUGUGAGCCAGACAUAUAAUAUAGGCUGUUUGUAUACAGUUUCCACUUAAUAUAACUAACCUGUGAGGUAAUGUUCUAGUCCUGUUUUAUAGAUGGUGAAUUUGAGUUUCACAAAGGUUAACUAAUUUGCCCAAAUUCACACAUGUAGUAAAUGAUAAGGCCAAGGUAUGCUGAAGUCCAAAAUCUACAUAAAUUUACUAUCAAAACUCUCUACAUCACUGUAAAAUUCAUUUUAAUCUAUCAAGAUAAACUCAUUUGUAGCUAAUAAUUCCCAAAAUACUCCUUUAAGGAAAAUUAAUGAAAAUAAUAUCUUUUCCAAUUACUUUUAUGACUUUAUAUAAGCCAUUGUGAUUUUUAAGAGAACAUUAAGUAUUUUGAAGUCAUGUCCGUAGACACUUAUAGAACAUCUGCUAUGCUGAAGGUACUGUAUUAGAAGCAACAAUCAAAGGAGCUAGAAAAGAAAAAUGAGACAAAGUAACAGUCUUUGGCUGACACUACACUUGUCCACUACAUCCAUUCGCUUAUUCAUUGAUGAAACAUCAGGCACCUUUUAUGUGUGAUGCACUGUAUCACACAUAAAAAGGCCUAUUAGAAGACAGUCUUUUACUGGGCCCACUAGAAGAUAAAAAUAAAUGAAGACAGCUGGCCUUUUAAUAUAGUAAAGACAUCAAAAUGCACACAAAUAAAUGCAGCUGAAUGUGUGAUGUGCCAAGAGAUACGAGAAAGCAAAAUUUGAGAACUCAGAAAACUUUUCCCUCCCAGGAUGCCAGGCAUUCUGGAAGAACCAACACUGAAGUUGCACUUGAUCGUAUGGUUAGGAUCUUGACAAUUGCAGAAGGAGGCAAGGAAAUAUAUUGGAGAAGGUUAAAAUUAGUCAACAAAAGAGUAAGAAGUCCACAGUUACUCUAUGUAGCAAUGGAAGACACAGCAAAGGGGAGUCUGCACUCUAAAACUGACACAGUCCUUCAUUAUUCACUGUUGGCUUUUUGACAUGUUUCGUAAACAUUUUUUGGAAGAAAACCUUCCCUUAUUUGUCCAGAUAUCUGACGCUAUCCUCGAAGUUUGUUCAUCAUCAUUCCACAUAGAAAGACGUCCUGUUUAUUUCUUGCAUUUGCUAGAAGUUGUAUGAUGAGGAUGUUACUCAUCCUAGAUCUCCUGGGAAUUUUGAAUUCUGCUCUUAUUCCAGUCCUGUUGCUAAAUCACUACUCUUAACAAAUGACUAUUUCUUUGCAUUUCCAUUGUCUGAGAAUUAAAAUCAGAGUUAAGAUCAAAGCGUUUUCAAAACCAGAAGGCAGGCAGAUGGAAUAUUUUGCAAACCAAACUCCUUGGAGAUGACGAAAGAUAUCAUCGUGCAGAGGAACUAGGGCACAGUGUUAUGGAAAAAAUCUGAAUCGAGAGAGAGCCAGAUAGACCCAGGGAUACACAGGGUCAAAGCAAAGACCAGCCAAAUGGCUACAUGGGAAGCAUUUGGCUCCUCUAAGCCUCAAUUUCCUCCUCUUCAAAAUGGUCAUAAUCACAAGCACCUCUCAGGGAAGGAUACUGUACCAGUCGCCAGCAAAUUGUAUUUUCAACGGAGUUGAUAUUUAAAUACUUUGAUGCUUACCUCUGACUUUUCCUUGACACUAAUUAAGCCUGUGGGUCUUUAAAAACAUGAGGGGUUUUGGCUAAAAGACUAGAAUUUCGUUUUUUCUUUUUACCGUGUUGUCUUUCAUGUUGCUCUAGGUGAAUCGUUUACUUGAUCCCUUUUUAAAUCACUUUCUGCACUAGACAUUCUUGAAACAGAAAAGGCACAAAACCUGCGAUCCUUUAAGUAGCAGAGGAUUACUUCAAAAGUAAAGAGCAAAAGCAAGAACACUCUAAACAAAAUUGAAGAUUUGAAUGAGACCAUAAUUUGUGGGGAAACAAUUUAGGCAAGUUAUCUUCACUUUGCUUAGAAAAUGGCAUCAACCCAGACACCUUGGGGAAGCUAUUUAACUCCUUUGAAACAUAGUUUGCUCAGAAGUAAGUAUAAAAAUAUA